AUGGUCGGAAAGUUCUAUGAACACAAAUACGGCUGGAAAAAGCUCCAGUCGUCAACAUAUGGUCCUUCGAGCCGGAUAUUGAACGCAGUGUCAAUACUCGACAUUCGGGAAACGUGUUUGUGCAAGUGCAACGCAGUUUUUCCCAACAUCUUCAUAAUCAACAAAUUAAUAACUAUCACAUCGCUACAUUACUACGCUACAUCCAAGAGUUCUUCUUCAUCAUCGGCACGUCACCGACACAGAAUUGCUGAGAUUGAAGAACGAAUAAGUGCAAUCCAACCUUUGUUAAAAGAAUUUGAAAAUAUCAAUUUAGAAAUUAUAGAAACCGAUGAGUCUCAAGUUAAAGAUGAGGACUCAUUCGAGUUCGAAAAUAAAUAUUUUAAGGCCAUCAGCGAGGCCAAACAACUUAUUCAAAAAAAAGGUAUCGAAGUAGACACAGUUGCUCAGGCAAAUUCGAAUCAAAACAAACCCGAUUCUAUCUCCAUCAAAUUGCCUGAAAUUUCUAUACCGGCUUUCAGUGGUGCAUUCACGGAAUGGAUCAGUUUCAGGGAUUGUUACAAAUCACUUAUCCAUGAUAAUCAAAGUUUAAAUCCAGUUCAGAAAUUCCAUUAUUUGCGAGAUAAUUACUUGUCAGCAUGGGAUUUACUAACGGAAAGAUAUGAGAACAAACGAAUUAUUAGUCAGCAUCAUAUUAGAGCAUUAUUUUCACUACCACAUAUCAAUUCAAGAGACUCAAAAUCCUUACGUUCGUCCUUACAGAUCGUUAAUUCUAAUAUCAAGGCUUUAGAUGCUAUAGGGCGUCCCACAAUGCAAUGGGAUGAUUUGCUUGUUUACUUAAUUUCUAGUACAUUUGACGAGAGUACCACUAUCGCUUGGGAAAGCUUAACCUCUGAACAGAGAAUAAGUGAAUGCAAAAAACGUAAACUUUGUAUUAAUUGCUUACGUAGCGGACAUAAGAUAGAAAACUGCAAUUCGAGCAAUUGUAGAAAAUGUAACCGUCGCCAUAACACACUAUUGCAUGUAGAUCUUAAUCAAAAUAAUUCGCCACAACCCUCCUCGUCAUCGAUGACAUUUGGUGACGACAAAAUUCAGGGUAAGCAAUUUCGAGCCUUAUUAGACAAUGGAUCAGUUUCAAACUUUAUAACAGAAAGGGCGGUGAAAAAGCUAAAUUUACGCAAUAUUCAUAAUAUCCAAUUGCCUCUCAUUGGCAUCGGAUGCAAUUCUUCAGUAAUUAAUCAUGCCGCAACAAUUCAAAUUGCAUCCGUAUGUUCGUCAUUUAAAGCAACAUUAGAUUUUUUGAUAGUUCCAGAAAUAACGGGAAACGUACCCAACUCGUCAUUCCCCACUUUACAAAAUUUACCCGAUAACAUAAAAUUAGCAGAUCCAUUUUACAACUUAUCGCAGCCUGUGGAAAUUCUUAUCGGUAACGAAAUAUUCUGGAACAUUAUGUGCAUAGGACAAAUCCGCAUUCACCGACACGGGCCGGUUCUUCAAAAAACACAGUUUGGAUGGGUUAUUGCGGGAGUAUUGAAUAAUUUCAACACAAACACUUCAACUUCUUGCAAUCUUUCAAAUACAGAUCUUGAUGUACACCUCAAAAAAUUCUGGGAAUUAGAAGAAGUGACAAACAUAUCCGACCCAGUUUUUCCUGGCGAUAAUCGCGACCCUUGUGAAAAGGUAUUCAUCGACACUUUCACGCGAGAUUUAUACGGCAGAUUUCAGGUGAAACUGUCCAUCAUAAACGAACCUCCGGAUUUGGGUUCUUCGAAGGAAAUUGCACUAAAAUUAUUUUAUAAUCUAGAGAAACGUCUACGAAAAGAUCAUAAUUUGUUUGAACAAUAUUCAAAAUUCAUGGCUGAUUAUUUAGAUCUAGGGCACAUGACCCAAAUAAAUUAUCCUGACGAAUCAGGUUAUUUUGUAAGCCACCAUCCCGUCUACAACGAAUCUUCCCUCACAACUAAAUUAAGAGUUGUAUUUAAUGCAUCUUUGAAAACAACUAACCAUAAAUCAAUUAACGAAAAUCUUAUGGUUGGCCCUAACCUACAGCAAGACUUAUUUAGCAUUCUAAUUCGGUUCCGAAUUCACAAAGUUGUAAUAACCGCGGACGUAAAAAAGAUGUACAGGCAAAUAUUGUUGCACCCUGAUCACCGCAAAUACCAACAAAUAUUUUGGCGUUUUAACUCCACUGAUGAGGUAAAGGUUUUUGAAUUAAACACAGUGACGUACGGAUUUGCGAGUUCAUCAUAUUUGGCAACUAGAUGUUUGCAAGAGUUAGCAAAUCUCGAAAAACAAAACUUUCCUGAAGCGGCAAAUAUAAUUUUACGGGACUUCUAUGUAGAUGAUUUAAUUUACGGGGCAAACGAUAUUAACCAUGCAUCUCAAAUACUAAACGACAUUAAGGGAAUUUUAAGCAAGGGCGGGUUUGAACUGCACAAAAUUAAUUCAAAUCAUUUACCUAGCAUAGACUCCACCUCAACACCGGGAAUCAGAAACCUUGACAAACAAGCUGCAGCCAAAACAUUAGGACUUUUUUGGAACAAUUGUAAUGAUACCAUCCAAUAUUCGAUCUGUUUAAAAAAUCCUAAAUGCCAUAAAAUAACAAAACGGGGAGUUCUGAGCACCAUUGCUCAAAUUUUUGAUCCAUUAGGUUUAGUAGCACCUGUCACAGUGACCGCGAAGAUCAUAAUGCAGAAACUAUGGUCAUUCAAACUUAAUUGGGAUGAAAGCUUACCAGCGGAACUACACACUUUGUGGUGCGAAUUUUUAAACGCAUUUCCAGAAUUAACCAAUAUUUCAAUCCCUCGGCAUGUAGUUACAAACAAGCAUCAAAUAGAAAUUCAUGGUUUUUGCGAUUCAAGUCAAAACGCAUAUGGCGCUUGCGUGUAUUUACGUUCCCAGAAUCCCAGUGGGAACUAUGAAGCACGAAUUUUAUGCUCAAAAAACCGAGUUGCCCCUUUGCAAACACAGACCAUUCCCAGACUUGAACUGUGCGGCGCAGUUCUCUUAGCUAGAUUAGUUCAUAAAGUUAAGCAAUCCUUGAUAAACUUUGAUGUCCAGGAGUGUCACUACUGGACUGAUUCCACUAUUGUGUUAGCAUGGAUUCGAACGCAGCCUACACUAUUAAAACCAUUCGUAUCACAUCGGAUAUCAGAGAUACAGUCCUUAACACCUGAAAAUAACUGGCAUCACGUUUCAUCAGAACAGAAUCCUGCGGACAUUUUGUCCCGCGGGGAUAAUCCCCGUCAUUUGCAGUCCUUCCACCUUUGGUGGAAUGGACCGACCUUUUUAACUAGGACUGAUUUACCGUACGAACAUCUAAAGGAUUCGUCACAUGUUGAUUUGCCGGAACUAAAGUUAACAUGUUGUCUUGCGACCAAAAAUUCCACUGAAUUUCUACUACGUUACUCGGACUUUGAUAAAUUGUGUAGAAUUACUGCCAUAAUAAUACGAUUUAUUCAGAAUUUGAGAAAUAAGGACAAUAAAAAAUCUGGUCAUGUAACAAGCAAAGAAAUCAUAGAAGCACAUAAUUUAAUAAUAAAAUUAGUUCAAAAAGAAGCUUUUCAGGAUGAUAUACAUCAACUUAAGUUGCAUAAUCAAAUCACGAGUAACAGUAAAUUAAAAGGUUUAAAUCCGUUUAUUGAUAAUUCUGGUUUUUUAAGAGUUGGUGGUAGACUAAAUCAUGCUAAAAUCAGUAAUGAUCGCAAGCAUCAGUUGUUAUUGCCGAGAGACCAUUUUGUUACUCGUUUAAUAAUUGAAAAAUAUCAUAAGGAUAACCUUCAUAUCGGUUGUCAGGGAACCUUGUCUGCAGUACGCUGCAAAUAUUGGCCCAUUUCAGCCAAAAAUACAAUUCGACAAACAAUAUUCAAGUGUCUAAAAUGUUACCGCUGCAAGCCGGUACCAUUCAGUCAAUUAAUGGGGGAUCUUCCUAAAACUCGUGUAACACCUUCACGACCAUUUUUUAUUACAGGUGUAGACUACGGUGGUCCUUUUAUUUUAAAAAAUGGACACGGCAGAACCCAAAAAACCAUCAAGGGUUAUGUCGCUGUUUUUGUUUGCUUCAGCACUCGUGCCGUGCACAUCGAGCUCGUAUGCGAGUGCUCAUCUUUAGCGUUUUUAAAUGCAUUGAAAAGGUUUAUUUCACGCAGAGGUCAACCUCAUGAGCUCCAUUCUGAUAAUGGUACUAAUUUCGUUGGGGCGAAUCGAUAUCUAAAAGAAUUGUUCCAAUUAUUUCGAACUAAAUCUUUCGAAAACGUAGUUCUUAAAUCUUUAACGAAUAUGGGUAUUAAUUGGCAAUUCAUUCCUCCGCACGCUCCACACAUGGGUGGGAUAUGGGAGGCAGCGAUAAAAUCUGUAAAGGGUCAUUUAAGGCGCAUUCUAGGCAACGUUCUUCUCAAUUACGAAGAAAUGAACACGAUUUUAAUUAUGAUAGAGGCAUGCUUAAAUUCCCGACCUAUUACUCCACUUUCAAAUGAUCCAAACGACCUCUCCGCUCUCACCCCUGCUCAUUUCCUCAUUGGUGGUCCACUGACUGCACCCGCAGAAGAAGACUGUAGCGACAUACCUACCAAUCGCCUGAUUCGCUAUCAACUUCUGGAGAAAAUUCGCCAAGAUUUCUGGAGACGUUGGUCGCGCGAAUAUCUUCACUCGUUACAACACAGGGCGAAAUGGCAACGAGUUCCAGCGCGACAGCCACAAAUUGGAGACCUGGUAAUAAUCUGCGAGGACGGCAUCCCACCCCAACAAUGGCCUCUUGGUCGUAUACAGGAACUGCACCCGGGAAGCGACAAUCAGUGCCGCGUAGCAACGGUGAAAACAGUGCGCGGAGUGCAUAAAAGGCCUGUAACCAAACUUUGUGCUGUGCCAGUUCAGUGA